AUGCACACACUCCCAAUUUUUAAAAGUAAUUUCUUUACACAUGUCACUUUUCUAAUCAUAAUUUCUAAACAUUCAAUUUUACAAUAUUCAAAAUUUUCACCUUAUGAGGAAAACAAGUGAACAUCAUGAAUGAGCGGAACUUUUUUUCAAAAAAGCAAAAGGCGGGGCUUCGUUAGGGUUGCUGAUGGCUCCUAAUUUCCCAGAAAACAUGGACCCCAAUCAACUAAUUUCCUUAAGCAAAGACGUCGUUAGGGUUUUGGAGGACCCUAACGAUCGUGAUCUCAACGUCUUCUCCGAAUGUCUCCAACGCACAUUCCCCAUUUCUUCAACCUGCGAUUCCGAUCUCAACGAGACUGCCUCCUCUUUCCAAGGUUAUCAGAACAAAAUAGAUUCCCACAAGCAGAAAAUAGAGGAUGCUAGAUCCAAGACUGUUGCUGAUGCAGAACUAGAGCUUCUGCAGAGAGAAUUGGAUGAAGAACUUGAAAAAGAACGCUUGUUUAAAGAAGAGUUUAGAGCCAUUAGCAAUGAGUUCAAUGAUCUAGAACAGCAACAGAUUUCUAUCAAAGAGCAGAAAAAGAAGUUACUGAAACUCGAGCAAGAAAAGCAGAAGGAAGGGAUGCUGCUUUCAAUGUAUGCUUCUGUCACCGGUAUUGUUCCAAACUCGGAUAAUCAAUCAAAGGUUUCAGGCUUAAUUAUUGAAAAGGGAAAAAAAGCAGUGGAGAAAUUUGAAUACGACACGUCACAGAUGACGAUCCUUGAAGUAUGCAACGACAUCUGGAAAACAAUAAGUGAUUGAUGCAUGUAAAAAAUGCCUCUGUUGGAUGAUAUUUGCAAUAUUAGUAAUUUCUCAUUCUGAGUGCCGCCAUGUUAGGAAUCCAACAAUUCAUUUAUUUAUGAAUGAUGAUUUAAAUCUUAGUGUUGAUAUUGAGUGGUAAACUACCAAGUUUCGUUGGUGUGUAUUUCAUGUGAAAAUUUAAGUACUAUGAAUCUUCUCAUAGUUGGCUCCACCUGUUAUAUAAGAGACUGUAGUUUUGAAUGGUAA